AUCGCGCUUUUGUCUUGUCAGUGUGGCUGAUGUCGGUGAACGUUUCGUGUGUACCCCUUCCGAGUAAACAAAGCGCGUAGCAGGCGCGUGUAUCCCGCCGGGUUGAUGUACAACACGAACAUCAUGCGUGAAUGCGAAGAGUUCACGAGGAGUUUUCCGCCAGGUCAGCCGGUCCAGGCCCCGCUGCCGCCGCCACGAGCUCCGGGUCUUGACGCUCUGUACAACCUAUGUCGGCAGAUCUAUCCUGAACAGAUUAAUCCCUUAACGGUCACGGCAAUCGUGAAAUAUUGGCUAGGAGGGCCCGAUGCUCUCGACUAUAUUAGCAUGUACGCUAAUCCAGGAUGUCCCGAGCUUGGAGUACCUCCACAUUGGCACUAUGUCAGUUUAGGAUUGUCCGAUCUACACGGCGACGGUCGGUUGCAUCCCAAACCUUGUCCAGGUCGUCCCAGCGGAUUCGGUUUCGAGUUAACUUUCCGGCUCGUCCGCGAAAGGGGCGAGAUGACGCCGCCCACAUGGCCGGCGAAUGUGAUGCAGCAAUUAGCCAAGUAUGUUUUCAAUUCCGGGAACACGUUGAUGCCGGGUGACCACGUUUCUUGGCACGCUCCGUUGGACGGCGGAAACGGUCGUAUCACCCAGAUCUUGAUGGGACAGGACCCCCAACUACAAACGAUUUCUACGCCUCAUGGCGACGUUUCAUUUGUUCAAAUUGUCGGCGUUACUUCCGAGGAAUUGCAGGCGGCUCAACAUUGGAACGGUCCAGGUGUCGUAAAUUUAUUAAAAAGUGCACAGGAUUGCGGUCCAUGGUUACUCACGAACAUGAGAAGAAUGCAUUCCGCCAUGGAAGACGAUCCUUCUAUAGCGGAGAAGAUACAGUGUGGCAUCGAAAGAGAUGGAUCGAACACGAGUGGUGUAUCUGCCAAAUGUUGGUGGGUUCAAAUAACGAACGACAAGAGCGCGGAGAGAUAUAGGGAGAGAAGAAACGAUUCCGACGACGAGGAGGAGAACGUGAAACCGAUCGUAAAAACGGAAAGGCUUUCGCCAUGCGAGCAGAAACACACCGUCUCUGAUGAAAAUUGUAUUAGAGUUCUGUCCGGAUUACACCUAACGUUCAACCUCGAAGCCGGCUCGUUACUGCCGUUAGCAAUAAAAGGCCGUGUGAUGCACGGGAGGCAUUUCACAUUCAAAUCCAUAUUGUCCCAUACGGCUAUCACGAUAGUCGCGCCAUCGGUCACGGGUACCUUCGUGUCCAAGGACAGACCGUACGUUGUUCAAGGUCCGUGGCUGCAAGUGCUCCUCUCGGAAGAGUUAUCUGAAAGAAUGGCCGAAGAAUUCCAAAUUUUGAACGCACCGGAUAAGAUUCAAUUGCCAAAGACGUUUUCUUGGCCGGAAUAUAAUUUAGCCAUCACCAUCAUCAACGAUUAAAGCUGUGCGUCGGCACAAUCUACAAAGAUCAUUCUCCAUAUCGUUUCGCAUAUAUUUAAGUUAAAGACAACGCAAUAAAAGUAUUAUCGAACGCAAUCCUGUUGCAGAACGAAUCUUCUAUUUAUAACGGCGAUGUUUUCCAUGACUAGAUAGCGUAAGAUUUUGUAAUUUAUAUGCCUUUUUAUGUGUUUAAGAGAAUCGAUUAUUGUUCAUCAAUGUGUAAAAGCAGAGAUUUGCGCGCGCAUGUUUCCAGAUAUAAUUUUUAUAGUACAGAAUCUUAUAUUUUUCUACAAAGAUUCCAAUGUCUCUCUUUUACAAGUUGAUGCUUACAUACAUGUCAAAAAAUUUCUGCAACACUUGUCAAGUUGUUUAAAUUUGAUAAUAUCACAGAAACAACAUUUACUAAGUGUUGUGAAAUUUUUUUGCACGCACAUAUUUAACAAUGUAUAUAUGAUAAAAUAUAAAUUAUAUGCUAUAUAUUUUACAGCAAAGUUAUAUUUGAUAUAUAUGUCUUACACGUUGUUACGGACAAUAAAUGUUUAUGUAAAUACCUCGCAAAAA